AUGCCAUCCAUGGAUCCCAACGACAUCAAUAUUGUCACUCACUUCCUCGCCUUCAACCAAAUCCCCUCAACUUUCCCUCCAUCAGAUGCAGCAGACGUCCUCGUCCUCUGCGUCUCCGCCAUCCUCCCCAUAGCAGAGAAAGUCUUCACGCAUCUCGAAAAGAACCCAACAGCAAUCCAAACUCUGGUCCUCUGCGGCGGAAUCGGCCAUUCCACGCCUCAUCUCUACGAAGCUAUCGCCAACGAUCCACGCUACGCGCAUCUCCUCCCGGAGAUUGACGGACUACCAGAAGCACAGGUCCUUCAUCGCGUUUUCACGCGGUGUUUUGAUGCACCGAAGAUUCUGAGCUCAUGUCGUGUCCUGAUUGAAGACCGCUCGACGAACUGCGGCGCGAACGCAAUUGAAACGAAGAGGCUUCUUGAGGAGAACGGGAUCCGUCCUGAGAGUAUGCUGAUUGUGCAGGAUCCGACCAUGUCUCGGCGGACGGUGGCGUCGUUUGAGAAGGCUUUUUCUGAAGCGGGGACCCUGCGGUUUACCAGCUGGCCAACUUUUGUACCCAAGGUUAGGCUUGAAGGAGGGAGGCUGGUGUAUGAUGAGUCUGCCGGGAUUGAGGCGUCGCGGUUGUGGAGGUUACCGCGGUUCCUGGGGUUGGUCAUGGGGGAGAUUCCACGGCUUAGAGAUGAUGAGAAGGGGUAUGGUCCCAGAGGAAAAGGAUUCAUUGUGCAUGUUGAUGUUCCAGAUGAAGUAGAGGCAGCGUGGAGGAGAAUUAAGGAUGCGGAGAUGGAGUGGGAGAGACGGUAG